AUGUGCCUUUCGAAGCAGCGCUUUCGUAGCAUCUGCCCCAGCAGCAUCGAAGCACGCGUGCUUCUCAUGGAGUUCGCGUUCGAUGCACAAUUGGUGCGUCAUGUGCAUGCGCGCUACCGCACCCGCCGGACACCGGUGCGGCAACCCUGCAACCGGAUCAAGCCACACUUUCGCGGCGCCCGCUUUUCGCCUCACCCCCGCAACGGGUGCCUCCACCACGAGGACAACGCUUCGGCGUGCACGCCCGCGCUGCAGGUCAUUGGCGCCGGCGCAUUGGUGCUCAUGGGCACGCUGCGCUCGUGCACGCUGCGCAUGCUGAAGGCCGCGCGCUGCCGGUGCUGCCCGUCAUUGGUCGUCGGCGCGCUGGUGCUCAUGGGAACGCUGCGCGUGCAGGCUCGGCUGCGCCUCGCGACAUUCGCUGCGCUCAUGGGCACGCUGCGCGUGCAGGCUCGGCUGCGCCUCGCGGCACUCGCUGCGCUCGUGGACACGCUUCGCGUGUGAGAGUUAUAACGCAAUAACAGUGCCGAUAUAAUAUAAUUAAAAGCAAA